CCUCUCUUCUCUCUCUACUAGAGUCUAGAGCUUUAGAGCCACCACAAACGCACCUCAAGAUCCACAGAUAAUCGAACACAGAGUCCAAGAACUCCGACACAGACAUGGAGGACGAGGAGGAGGAGGACAAGAGCACCAAGGCUGAUGAUGUGGGAUGCAAGAAGAAUGUGACGAGGCUCCAGAGGUCAUUCCUCCACCUGUCCAGAGCGAUCGGCAAGCUCCACGGCCGCCGGGGCCACGCGAACGCCAACGGCGAGACGUCGCUGUCGUCGUCGUCCUCCGCUGCCACUUCGUUCCUCUCCGGGUGCAUGCAUCCCCGGACCCACUCCUUCGCCUCCGGCCGCCAUCACCGCCACAAGCACGACGACGACGACGAUGGCAGCGGGGACGCCCUCGCCGUCAACUUCAGGUCUCUACGGAUCAGCCUCGCCGCCUCGGCUGCCCCUGUCGUCCCCGGCGACGACGAGGGCGACUCGUCGUCGGCGCAGGAUUGUUGUUACGGCGACGGCGGCGGGAGAGGGAGCGAGGCAGACGACGAGCCCAAUAAGGCGGUGGUGGCCCAAGGCGCCGGCGUCGCGGUGGCGACGCUCUCCGCGGCGCCGUACGAGGACUUCCGGCGGUCCAUGCGGGAGAUGGUGGACGCCGGCGCCGCGGCGGCGGCCGUGGACUGGGACUUCAUGGAGGAGCUGCUGUUCUGCUACCUCCGCCUCAACGACCGCGCCGUGCACAAGGACAUCCUCCGCGCGUUCACCGACACGGUCGCCGCGAUCCGGCGCCACCGGCACCGGCGGAGGGCGGCCAACAAGAGCAGGCGGACGCGUCGGCGGCGCCGGAGGCAGCCGGGGGCGGGAGGAGACGGCCGCGGCGACUGUGAUGGGGCCGGCGAGGCAGUGACGACCUCGAUCUCGUCGUGACUGGCAAAUGUGUACGUGUGCAUAACCCCGGCGCGCGCCUCUCGCCGUCGGCGUCCCGGCGGUCAGUCGGUGACCGCAGGAGUUAAUACGCGUACGCGUGCGCGCUUUAGCUGAAGUAACGUAACGUGCAUGUUAAUGGCUCAGCUGUCAUACGACUCCCUUCCGUAGUAGCAGUGUUAUCAGACCCUUUCUUCUCCGUCCACAGCCACCUUACUCCUUUUUCAUCACUAUAUAAUAUAUAUAUGUUGCUACUUU